AAGUUCAUUUUUUCUGUGCUGAGGGCCGGUCGUCAAAGACAACAAAUUUUCGAUACUGCAGCUGUGGAUAAUAGAAAAACCUGAAAAUAAGCGAGCGACGUCGAUUCUACGCCUGUAAUGCUUUGAUGCUAAAAUCUAUCAGCGGAGGCGUUGGCGUUGGCGUGGCCGGGGCAGGAGCAGGUGCGGCUGCCAGUGGCGGCGGUGGUGGUGGAACUGCAGUGGGGAGCGGGACAGGUAGGAGUGGGAGUGCCACUGCGAGCGGAAGUGGAAGCGCGGGUGGUAGUGGAGGGGCCAGUGGAAGUGCCAACACUAUUGGGAGUGGCCGUGCCAGUUGUGGAAUCGGCUCAAAUUCGAUUUCCAGCGGUCUGAGCGCCGUGUGCGGAUUGGUCACUGGCAGCGGUAGUGGCAGUGGCAGCGGCAGUGGCAGUGCCAGCGGGAGCGGAGGUAGCACCCCCGCCGGUGUCAACAUCUACUGUCCAGCUUGUGUGGCCAGCAGCCCGCAGCAGCAGCCGCCCCCGCCACAGGCGGCACCCCACUCCGAGUCUUUCUUUUCGCGCUCAAAGUCGAGCAAGCGGCACAAGGCCAGAAAGAGCGCCUCCACCGCCGGUUGUCUGGACGCCCAGCACAUUCGUAACAACCUGAGGAUGUCCACCUCCAGUUCGCUGCGCAGCACGCGGGCCGUCCAGUCGAGCCACUGCAGCAGCAGCAGCCAGGCCUACGAUGCGACCAGCAAUGCUAGCAAUGCUAGCAACGCUAGCAACGGCAGCAGCGGCAGUGGCACGGCCGCUUCUCCGGGCAGCUACAGCUGCAACGCGCUUAACGUGGACUUCAGCUCGUACACAGCCACCCACCAGUGGACCAGGAUGCUCGAGUGCGCCGAGUUCGUAGGAGCCAAGCGGAGCAAGCACACGGUGGUGGCCUACAAGGAUGCCAUGUUCGUGUUUGGCGGCGACAAUGGCAAGAACAUGCUAAACGACCUCAUCCGCUUUGGGGUAAAGGACAAGUCAUGGGGUAGGGCCUGCGCCACUGGGACACCGCCUGCGCCGCGAUACCAUCACUCGGCGGUGGUGGCCGGCGCUUCAAUGUUCAUCUUUGGUGGCUACACGGGGGACAUCCACUCCAAUUCGAAUCUGACCAACAAGAACGACCUUUUCGAGUACAAGUUCAAGAGCGCCAUGUGGGUGGAGUGGAAGUUCUCGGGCCGCCAACCAGUGCCGCGUUCGGCCCAUGGGGCCGCCGUCUACGACAACAAGAUGUGGAUCUAUGCAGGAUACGAUGGUAAUGCCCGGCUGAAUGAUAUGUGGACGCUUAACCUGACCGACGACCAUCACCAGUGGGAGGAGGUAGAACAGAAAGGCGAUAGGCCGCCCACCUGCUGCAACUUCCCCGUGGCCGUGGCCCGGGAUGCCAUGUAUGUCUUCUCCGGGCAGAGCGGCCUGCAGAUCACCAAUUCGCUGUUUGAAUUCCACUUCAAGACGCGCACCUGGCGUCGCAUCUCCAACGAACCGGUGCUAAGGGGUGCCACAUCGGCGCCACCCUCCCGCCGCUACGGCCACACCAUGGUGCACCACGAUCGGUUCCUGUACGUGUUUGGGGGCUCGGCAGACUCGACGCUGCCCAACGAUCUGCAUUGCUACGACCUGGACUCGCAGAUCUGGUCCGCUGUGCUGCCGGAACAGAACUCGGACGUGCCCUCGGGUAGGGUGUUCCAUGCCUCGGCCGUCAUCGGCGACGCCAUGUAUAUCUUCGGCGGGACCGUGGACAACAGCGUGCGCCGCGGCGACACUUACCGCUUCCAGUUCUCCAGCUAUCCGAAAUGCACGCUGCGUGACGACUUUGGCAAGUUCUUUCUGGACAAACAGUUUUGCGACAUCCAGUUCGUGGUGGGUGUGGAGGAGGUGCGUAUUCUGGCGCACAUUGCCUUUGUGGCGGCCCGCUCAAAGUACUUGCGCAACAAGAUCCUGGCGGCACGCGAGGCACGCCAACAGCAGAUGGAGAAGGUGUACGGGGUGGGACAAGUGGAUGCGCAAGCGCUGAACACGGGCGUAGGCGGGGACCGGGCCCCUAUGCUGGAGGUCCGACUGGUGCAUGCCUCGCCGGAGGCCUUUGACAUUAUCCUCAACUACAUAUACACUGAUCGCAUCGACCUAAAGGAUCGGUACAACAAGAACAUUAUCAUUCUAAUCACAGAUAUUUACCAGUUGGCUGGGCUCUUUACCAUGCCGCGGCUGGCCCACGGCUGCAUUCAAUAUCUGGAUUUUAAGAUCAACAAAAUCAAUGUUCUAGAGGCCCUCUACAAUGCGGAUAAGAGCAACAUCAAAAUUAUCAAGGAUCACUGCAUGCAGUUUAUCAUCAAGGAGGAGAACUUCACCGAGGUGGUCAUGUCCAGCGAGUUCAGUGACCUGGACAAGCCCCUGCUCGUGGAGAUCAUACGCAAGCGCCUCCAUCCAAGCAAGCUGGUAAUGGACACCAGCUUCGAAGCAAGCAACGGCACCACAUUGGAGAUUGAUCUGUGCACGUUCUUGAAGUCGACCGGAAAUGAUUUUUGCGACAUCAGCCUUAUAUUGGAGGACCAUGUGAUACCGGCCCACAAGUCUGUGUUGUCGUCACGCUGUACCUAUUUCCAGGGCAUGUUCCGCUCGUUCAUGCCGCCGGAUAACACCGUCAAUAUACAAAUUGGAGAAAUUUCACCCUCGCUGGAGGCGUUUCAUUCGCUGCUCCGCUACAUAUAUUACGGGGAGACGAAGAUGCCACCGCAGGAUGCCCUGUACCUGUUUCAGGCACCGUGCUUCUACGGUCUGUCCAAUAAUCGGCUGCACGCCUUCUGCAAGUACUCACUGGAGCAUAACAUUACGUACGAGAAUGUCUUGCAGACGCUGGAGGCGUCGGACAUAACAAAAAUCUAUGACAUCAAGGAGUAUGCCCUGAAACUGAUUGUCAAAGAUUUUGCCAAGGUGGCGAGGCUGCCGAAGAUCUCGGGUUUGUCGCGCGAACUGUUGCUGGAGAUAAUACGCGCUGUGGCCGAUUCGCAAGGCGAGUUUCUGACCAGCAUUAAUAUCAAUACAGAUAUCUGAAAACUAGUGCUGCUACAGCCGGCCUUGCAGUUGUUGCUCGCCUGGUUGCAAAUCGGACGUAGCACGUAAAGCGGCAGUAGCGGUUGGCAGCGAAACACGAACCACGAAACUAGGCCUCAUUUAAAUCAAUGAAACAAUGAUCCUCGAUCCCACCCAUCCAACCAUCAACCAUCGAUCGUUCCAUUUAACCAUAAAUACAUCGAAUCCUGAAGUCUACUCCCCUUAAGAAGAAGAUGGCAAAGAGAAUGUCGGACAGAAAGAGAAGGAGCGAAGAUCCAUCCGACCAUACUUACAUAUAUAUAUACUUAUAUACUUACUUACCUAUUAUGUACACUUACUUAUAAUAUCCCCCCCUACCCUAUAUUGUGCAACCACUAUUUUGAAUACCCCCACGCACCAUCACCAGAGCUAAUCUCAAGCUAUGCUUAUACACACCUUUUUGCCCUAUAUAUUUAUAUUUGUAAGCUCAAGCCUAAUGUCCAGGCUCAAAGCAGAGAGAACAAAGAGGGUGGAGCCGCCGUAUAUAUGUCCAGGCUCAAAACUACAAGCAGAUGUCUGUCUAAGCAGUUGUCAAUCUCAUUAUUUGUAUGCCCUUGCAAAGGUAAAUCUUAUUCCCCCACCCCCAAUGUGUCCUUGCCCCCUCCGUUUUCGUGGUAACCGAGUAUUAGAUGAGAGUGUCGUGUCCCCAUGUUUCCAUGUCACAUCUAAGAACAUAUCCUCAUGAGAGGUAGCUCCUAACCGAGGCCUUAGAUAGAUUGAAGCUUUUUUAUAUCUGAAUGUUUUUGCACUGCUAAACAAAUAAGGAAACAUUUUAUAUGAAUCGGUAAACUAAACGAAGAAAAAACGAAAAAACGUAACAAUUGACGUGUCAUGGGAUGCCGCAGAGUUGUGCGUCCCAAAAAGUAGGCUUUAGAUAACAAAAUAUGUAACUGGUUUGAUACUAAAAACAAACAAAAAAAACCCGAUGUACUGCACUUGUAUGUUGUUUGUGAUUACGAGGACCCAUUCGAUUGACCAUGACAUAUAGCUGCCAUAAGAAUAGAGCAUAGAAAGCCUAACCAAAAUGAGUUAGUUGUAUGUCGACAACACACUUGUUUGUAACGAAUUCCACAUAACGAAGUCCACAUAAUGAAAUCAAAUUCGAUAUAGUAGAUAAACCACACUUUUAUAUAUAGCACACACACCCAAACACAAACACACACACGCACACUCACACGGAGAAUGAUUUGAGUGCAAGGGAACCUUUGCACCUUUGCAAGGGUAUGCGUCUGUCUGGCCUACUACCACCUACUACUACCCCUACUUGUUAUCCUAUACUCCCCACUAUACUCUUACCCAAGUACAACUUACUCGUUUAUAAGGAUCUUAAGCUAAUUGUAUGCACUCGUAUAUAUACAGGUAUAUUGUAUAUAUAUCGUAAAAAGGACACAACCUGUCACCAUCCCAACCCCGCCACAGAGUCACCGUCACCGCCAGACUUUCCCCCCGGCCCACACAUACCAUCGUCCGGCUAAAAGGAAGCGAGAGAAAGGAACAGGAGGUGACACAGUGUUAGUGUUUUUUGCCAAAAAGUUCUUAUGUCAAUUGCAUAAGCCACACCCCCCCCCCACGAAUUCUUGCCCUCUCGAAUUUUUGGUUUCUCCCUUGACUUAAAUUUUUUAGGUUUACAUUUUUUGCGUAAUUCAACGAGACCAAAAUUGUGAUAAAUCUCUUUGCGUUCUACGUUCGGAUUGUCUGCGUAAACUCUAUUGUUAAGCAAUAUUUGUAUAGAAUUUUUUGAUUUUAAUUUAUUUUUGGAAUAUUUGUGUAAGCCAAAAAUCCAUCCCUAUCCUCUUUAUUCCCUCAUUCCUUUAUUACCUUAUUACUUUCCCAACCAUAUACAUACAUAUGUAAAAUGUAUGAUGAUUUUGCUCCGCCCCAGAGUUUUUUUUGUUUUGUUUAAGGUUGGUACGAACAAAGUUUAAGUAUAAACAAUAUUAUAGUAUGAAUAUAUACACUGGAAAUAUACAGAAA